AUGCAUCUAUCCUCUAUCCUCCUACUCGUCCUUCCACUGGCCACCUUGGCGAAUCCAGACGGCAACCUGGAAGCCACUCGUUUGAUGAUUCUCCUAAAAGACUCUAUUGAUCUACAACAAAUCGAUGCGUUAUCCGGCUUCACCGACCCCAAUUUUAGCUGGAACUCUUGUAAGGCGGUCUUGGAUUACGGAAAAUACGUGGCAAUGCUGAAACUUUUGUCGCAUCGAGAACCGGGGGACAUCCCGGCAAUAUCUACCGACUGGACCGUCGGCAAUGCUCACUUCAUACACGAAACCCUCUAUUUUGAUGUCCAGAAUAAGAAUCGAAGGAUUCCGGACUGGUUUUUUGAGGCUAAGAAGCACGGCAAGAACAAGGUGUACGUCUUAACAAGAGGAAAAUUGAGCAAGUGUGGAAGGCUUGAGGAAGUGUGA